AUGGCAAAUCGAACACCACGACCGCCACCAAUUAUCAAUGAAAGAGAGCACUACAAUGCUAAACCUCCAAUAUUUGAUGGAGAAAGAUUUUAUUACUCGAAGGACAGAAUAAAAAUUUUCUUUCUUGGCUAUGAUGUUGAUCUAUGGGAUAUCAUAGUCGAUGGCUACAAAAAUCCCGUUGAUGCAAGAGGAAAUAAGGUCGAAAGAAGAAGUACGAACGACCAACAAAAGAAAAAGUAUAAGAAUCAUCACAAAGCUAGAACCAUUCUGUUGAAUGCGAUUUCUUAUAUGGAGUACGAAAAAAUAACAAAUAGAGACUCUAAUAAGUCUAUAUUUGAUUAUUUAAGAAUGACUCGUGAAGGAAACGCUCAAGUAAAGGAGACCAAGGCUCUUGCCUUGAUUCCAAAAUAUGAAGCUUUCAAGAUGGAAGAUAAUGAAACUAUUGAGAACAUGUUCUCAAGGUUUAAAACUCUUGUUGUAGGUCUUAAUGUCCUAAACAAAGGGUAUUCUACUUUAGAUCACGUGAAGAAGAUUAUCAAAAGCUUGCCAACCAAAUGGAGGCCAAUGUUAAUUGUACUCAAACUUGCCAAAGAUCUGAACAACACAUCUCUUGAAGAACUUAUUAGUUCUUUGAGAAUUCAUGAGAUAGAGCUAGAACAAGAUGAACCUCAUAAAAAAGGAAAAUCUGUUGCUCUAAAGUGCACAAGAAAGUCUGAAAAGCCUAAAGCUUUUCAAGGUGAAGAGGAAGAAGAUUCAUCCGAAAAUUCUGAUGAGGAUGAAGAUGAACCAUUUCUUCUUUCCAGAAGAGUAAACCAACUCUGGAAAAGGAAGCAAGGCAACAAGUUCAAAGGAGCUAGAAUGACAGGUGGUCGCUUCGAGUCUACUUAUAGGUUAAGGAAGUUUGGUAGCAGCAAGGAAGUUACCUGCUAUGAGUGCAAAGAGUCGGGCCAUUACAAGAACGAGUGCCAAAAGAUCCAUAAGGAGAAUCCAAAUAAGAAGUUCUUCAAAGGAAAUAAGAAAGGGCUUAUGGCAACAUGGGAUGAUUCUGAUUCUUCAGAAGAUGACUCCGAAGAAGAACAAGCUAAUGUGGCACUAGUGGCCAACAUUAUAGGAUAUGGUGUAGAGAUCCAUCUAGGAGCUGAAUCUGAAUUAGACUCAGAUAUAAAAGAGGAACUUCAGAUCAAAUUCAAGGAACUAAAAAAGGUCCAUGAGUCUGUCUCUGAAAAACACAGUAAGCUUAAGGAAGAAUUCUCCAUUUUAAAUGAAGAAAACAUUUAUCUUAAGGAUGAAAACUCUACCCUUAAAAGUAUGAGUUCUACACUUGAGAAGGAAAUUCCUCCCAAAGUUUCUGAAAGUACUGAUGAUGUCAUAAGCAAAUAUGACAAGGCUUUCCAAAAAUUUCUAGCUAGAAGCAUAGGUAGAAGCAUGUUGGCUUCAAUGAUCUAUUGCGUUAGCAAAAAUGUGACAAAAGGCAUUAGUUAUGAUUUUGAUGAAGAAUCUGAUUCUGAGCAAAAAGUUAAACCAAAUGUUCUCCACUCGCACUUUGUUUUGUCUGGUUGUGGGCCUAAGACGAAACCUCCUCCUAAACCAAAGGUAAAACCAAUAGCUAAAAUGUUUCGUUUUAAUUCUUGCAAAUAUGUUUAUUUUGCUCCCAAACCCAAAGUUUUCAAAAACUCUGGGAAAUCUAACAAAAAAGGACCCAAGAAGUUAUGGGUGUCUAAGAAACUAAUAAUCUAUGUUGCAGAUAUCCUUAGCAGCAAAGUUAAGACACCAGUUAUGGUACCUGUACUCUAG